AUGGAGAAAUUAAACCACGACUCGAGUCGUUUUAGGUUCAGCUUGCCUACUGAAGAUUUAGUCAGCGGCUUAUCCUUAAUUUAUGCACCUGGCUAUGUAGAUCUGGUAAUCAAGCGUUACCCAAGAGGCCAAGCAAGCCAGCACAUCCAUUCCCUCAAACCAGGAGGUUCGUUGUUUGUUCUCGCAAUUCUCGGCGGGUACAAGUGGAAGCAGAAUGAAUUCAAUCACAUUGUUAUGAUUGCUGGUGGGGCAGGUAUUACCCUCAUGGCUCAACUCCUGAAGGGCAUCUUUUCCAAUCCCUUGGAAAAGAUCAAAGUAACCCUUCUGUUCGGCAUCAACACCGAUGAGGACGCCCUCUUCCGCUCCGAAUUUGACGAGAUUGCAAAGACAUACCCGGACCGCUUCAGCGUCGGCUACACCAUUACUCACCUCGGUCUAGACUCGGUCUUUCUUAAAGGUCGAGUCACGAAAGAACUGAUCAAGGACGCGUUGUCGAAAGCCUCGAAUGUGCAUGAGAAAGUAUUUGUAUGCGGGCCGUCGGCGAUGGAAGCGUCGCUUCUGGGCGAGCGCAAUGUGAGUCAAGGAAUCCUUGGAGAGUUGGGAUUCGGCAAGGAUCAGUUUUAUAAGUGCUAG